AUGUCGAAGGGCACGGGGUGCCGAAGGUACAAAUCUUGCAUGUCACAAGGCAGUGUGCCUAGGCAUGAGGGUGCCGAAGGGACAAAGCUUGCAUGUCGCAAGAGAAGAUGUCGAAGGGCAAGAGGUGCUGAAGACAUUUGCAUGUCGCAAGGAAAUUGCCGAAGGCAUUUGACUUGCAUUUCACAAGAUAAAAUGUCGAACGGCACAGGGUACCGAAGGUACAAAGCUUGCAUGUCACAAGGCAGUGUGCCUAGGCACGAGGGUGCUGAAGGCGCAAAGCUUGCAUGUCGCAAGAUAAGGUGCCGAAGAGCAAGGGGUGCCGAAGACAUUUGCAUGUCGCAAGGAAAUUGCCGAAGGCAUUUGACUUGCAUUUCACAAGAUAAAAUGUUGAAGGGAACGGGGUGCCGAAGUUACAAAGCUUGCAUGUCACAAGGCAGUGUGCCUAGGCACGAGGGUGUCAAAGGCGCAAAGCUUGCAUGUCGCAAGGAGAUGUGCCUAGGCACGAGGGUCGCGCUAGCAUCUUCUGCUUGA